AUGGUCACUGAGACGGCAAAGACCGAGGCCGCAGACCAGAGCAAGUUGUUGUUGUUCGAGUGUAACAUAUGUCUCGAUACGGUAUCGAGUCCAGUCGUGACGCUGUGUGGCCAUAUCUACUGUUGGCCGUGUCUGUAUCAGUGGAUGCAAAACCACUUUGAGUGUCCUGUGUGCAAGGCCGGAAUAAGUGAAGAGAACGUGAUUCCCGUGUACGCAAGAGGCGCCGAAGCUGUCGAUUCGCAGACGUACCAGCAACUGUCAGACAGGGGCAUCCCCCAUCGUCCUCAGGGCCAGCGACCCGACGCUGAGCAGCUUCGACGACGACGACCAUUCAGUUUUGGCAUUUUUACUGGACAUGGACAAGGGAAUCCAUCUACUGUCUCGCCUUCUCUCGGUUUCUCCACGGCGCUAUUCGGGAUUCCAUACCAACCGCCGGCACCUGGUGUUAAUGAUCAAGAUGGCACGCCCCAGACAACACAAGAGGCACGGCAGCAGAUGCAGCAGGCGUUCCUGUCUCGACUUCUCUUGCUCAUUGGCAUCCUUGUAAUCCUCUGUGUCACCACGUUCUAG